AUGCUUUUGAACAGAAAAGAGAACAAUACAGAGGAGUCAGAAUCUGAUACUGAAGUUUCCGGUAAUGAAGAUGAACUGCUUGAACGAGAUAUCAACGAUGAGAGGAGAGAUCAGUUGGCCAACAAGGAUAAAGACCAACUUAUUUUGUGGGCUAGUGAACUUGAACUUGACAGUCUGGAGAUUAAAGAGGCUUCAGCAAAAAUGACAGCUAAAUUCAAUGAGAUCUGCAAGACUAUCAGUCAAACACUCAGUAAAGUGCAGUUACAGAUAGAUAAAGUCGACCAGAAGAUGGACAAAAUUGAUAAAUUGGUUAGAGUUUACGAGAAAUCAAAUGGAAAACCUAUCUUCAACCAUGUCACAACCCAUAAGACGUAA